AUGCUGCGGCGGCUGCUGGAGCGGCCGUGCUCGCUGGCGCUGCUGGUCGGGUGCCAGUUCGCCUUCGUGGCGUAUUUCUCGCUCGGUGGGUUCCGGAACCUCACGGCGCUGUUCGGUCGCGCCGCCGGUCCCGCCGUGGAUUAUUCCCGGACCCACGACGUGUACGCCAACCUCAGCCGCGUCGGUGGCGGGAGCGGCACCGGGAACGACCCCGCCGCGACGCCGGACCCCGCACGGCCGCUGCCGUUCUGCCCCGAGAGAUCGCCGUUCCUCGUGGGCCCCCUGGCCGUGUCGUUCUCCCGGGUGCCGUCGCUGGAGCAGGUCCGGGCCAAGAACCCGGGGGUGGGCCGGGGGGGCCGGUACCGCCCCCCGCGGUGCCAGGCGCGCUCCAGGACCGCCGUCAUCGUCCCCCACCGCCACCGCGAGGGCCACCUGGGCCACCUGCUCUACUACCUGCACCCCUUCCUGCAGCGCCAGCAGCUGCACUACGGCAUCUACGUGGUGCACCAGGCCGGGAACUGCACCUUUAACCGGGCCAAGCUGCUGAACGUGGGCGUGAAGGAGGCGCUGAAGGACGAGGAGUGGGACUGCCUGUUCCUGCACGACGUGGACCUGGUCCCCGAGAACGACCACAACCUGUACACCUGCGACCCCUGGAACCCCAAACACGCCUCCGUGGCCAUGAACAAGUUCGGCUACAGCCUGCCGUACCCGCAGUAUUUCGGGGGGGUCUCGGCGCUGACCCCCGACCAGUACAUGAAGAUCAACGGGUUCCCCAACGAGUACUGGGGCUGGGGGGGCGAGGACGAUGACAUCGCCACCAGGGUGCGCCUGGCCGGGAUGAAGAUCUCCCGCCCGCCCGUCUCCAUCGGCCACUACAAAAUGGUCAAACACAAGAGCGACAAAGGCAACGAGGAGAACCCGCACAGGUUCGACCUGCUGGUGCGGACGCAGCGCACCUGGACGCAGGACGGGAUGAACUCGCUGAGCUACGCGCUGCUGGCGCGGGAGCUGCGGCCGCUCUACACCAACCUGACGGCCGACAUCGGCUGCGACCCCCGCGGCCGCCCCCGCGCCCCCCCGGCCAGCCCCUUCCGCCAGGAGAUGCUGCGCAAACCCCCCCCCCGCGGCGACCUGCCCGCCUUGUCGCUGUCACCUCCCCGCGGUGACAAUGACAACCGCGGCAGCGCGGCCCCGCCCCGGGGAGAGGGGACGGCGGCGGUGACAGCGCGGGGAGGGGGGAACCAGAGUGUGGCACCGCCCUGAGACCCCCUCCCCCACCGAGGGACACCCCCGGGGGCGGUGUGGACUCUGGGCUGGGAGGGGGGACAGGGACACCCCCGGGGGAGGGACAGGGACACCCCCGGGGGGGGACAGGGACACCCUGGAGGGGACACAGAGCUCGCUGGGGGGGGACAGGGACACCCUCGGGGAACACAGGGCUCGCCGGGGGGGGGACAGGACAGGGACACCCUGGAGGGAACACAGGGCUCGCCGGGGGGGGACAGGGACACCCUGGAGGGGACAAGGACACCCAGCGGGGACAGGACAGGGGACACAGGGCUCGCUGGGGGGACAAGGACGGCCCCGGGGGGGGGACAGGGACACUCCCGGAGGGGACACAGGGCUCGCUGGGGUGAUAGGGACACCCUCGGGGGACACAGAGCUCACCGGGGGGGGACACGGACACCCAGUGGGGGGGGGACAAGGACACCCUCGGGAUGGGGACACGGGGCUGGCUGGGCCCUGUCCUCCCCCAGUGGGGUUCUGGGGUCCCCAGAGGGGUUUGGGGGUCCCCGGAGGGGUUUUGGGGUCCCUGGUGGGGUUUUGGGGUCCCCGGAGGGAUGUUGGGGUCCCCGGAGGGGUUUUGGAGUUCCUGGUGGGGUAUUGGGGUCCCCGGAUGGGUGUUGGGGUCCCCGGAGCUGUUUUGGGGUCCCCCGAGGUGUUUUGGAGGUUUUGGGGUCCCUGGAUGGGUUUUGGGGUCCCCGGAGGGGUGUUGGGGUCCCCGGAGCUGUUCUGGGGUCCCCGGAGCUGUUCUGGGGUCCCCGGAGGGGUUUUUGGGUCCCCGGAGCUGUUUUGGGGUCCCCGGAUGGGUGUUAGGGUCCCCCGAGUUGUUUUGGGGUCCCUGGAUGGGUUUUGGGGUCCCCGGACGGGUGUUGGGGUCCCCAGAUGGGUUUUGGGGUCCCCGGAGCUGUUUUGGGGUCCUAGGAUGGGUGUUGGGGUCCCUGGAUGGGUUUUGGGGUCCGAGGAUGGGUUUUGGGGUCUGAGGAUGGGUUUUGGGGUCCCCCGGACGGGUUUUGGGGUCCCUGGAUGGGUGUUGGGGUCCCCCGAGGUGUUUUGGGUCCCCGGCCGGGCGCGCGGGUAUUUAUUGUAUUUAUGAGCCGCUCCCUGGACCUUUCUAAAGGGUUUUUUUUCAAUUAAAAAAAAAAUCAUUUUGUCCUA